UAUAUAUAUAUAUAUAUCUUCUUCCCUGUCUCGUCUUCGUGUCUCUCUCUCUACGUGCUCCGGUGAAGAAGAUACAAACCGACUAAGAGACCCUGGGGGGAGCCAUAACAACACAAACCUCCGUCAUCCUCGGCUACCAAAUUUACCGUAUUACCCCUUCUUUGUCUUCCCCCCACCCCCCCUGAGACGUCUUUUUUUGGAGAUAUUCUUCUUCUUCAAUUCCAAUGUUAUUUAUCAAUUUUGAGGUCAAUUCGACGUUUAAUUGGGAAUUAGAGUGCGAAAUUGAGAGAUAAUAAAGAAGGCAAUGGGGAAUGGUGAUGAAACCAAAUGUGUUUUCCCCUUAACCAGUCUCCAGAUCGGAGACUUGCAGUCAUAUCUUUCUGAUCUCAGUAUUUUCCUGGGUAACAAGAGUAAGAAGAUUUACAUAUUGGUGGACAACCGGCCAUGGUUGAAUCCUGGCACCAGAUCUGCUCAUUUCUGGCAACUUAUGGUUACAAAGUCCAGACUCUCACCUUUUGCAAACAUGAAAGCUCGAGGGGAGAAGAAAAUUCAGAAGCAGGAGGAAGACAAGAAAAAGCUAAAGCAGGAUGAGGAAGAAAAGCCUAAAGAGACGUGUGCUCAGCAGCCCCAGCCGGACGAUAGAAAAAUCAAGAAACUUAAGAAGUGGUUCUCAUUGAUAGAUGCGACAACUUUUUCGAAGAAGAAGAUACCUGCAAAUAAACUGCAGAGCUCUUUGUUUCUAAACAAGCAGCUGCACAAGACCUUGUACGGUUUCAUCGUGUUCGAAGUUGAAUGGGCCAACGUCAGGGGUGUCAACUACUUGAAUGAGCUACUGGUACCCCCUUGCAACUCUACAUUGCUUUGGCCUGGUUUUUCUUGUUUCUUACUUUUAUCUAUAUCUUUAUGUAGACAGACAUAAAGUUCUCUCAGGGUGUAUGUGGUUUGACCAAAAAAAAUAAGUGCAUUUUGGUAACGUAUGUGGUCAAAUCAAUUCUUUUAAAUC